AUCGAUUGAGGGGUUCGAGACGAUGAAGAGUCAAGGCAGUGUUUUUCACGCGCCUCUGCACCUGCUGUCCGUCUCUGCAGCUCCUCCUCCAAUCUGCCCCAGGCUCGCUUCGUUAAGCUUGGCGCAAGCUAGUAAUCGGCACGUCAGCCAGUUUCUUGCGCUCGGCACAGGGUAUGUUUUUGUUAUUGUGUGCUUUGUCGGUUUGAUUCGGACGUGUGUCUUACGGCUAACAUUGACGCGAAUUUGAUUGCGACCGCCGUCAUAAGCUGGUCAGUUCCACCGCAAAUUCUCCCAGACGCGGAGUCGGCGGACUUCACCCUCUGUUGCUUGCUUCGCGUAUCGGCGUUGCAGGCGUGCUUACUCGUAGGGCAUGCGAGACCUUGGAGGAGGAGGAGGCGGAGGAAUAUGUCAAUCGGGAAGCCUAGCGCAGGCAGCAGAUCAAAGCACGCAGACCCCGAGCCUGGCCUGACUCGUGGGUCGGCAGGGGGGCAACGUCUUCCGCCACGCGGGCGGGCAGGCGAACUCACGGCGCGCGUGAUUUACAAUCAGCAUUGUUCAGAGGUGGGAGGCAUGUUGUCUUGUCGUUUCUGCAGCAGUGCAGUGCAUUGUGACUCGGAGGAGGCCAGAGAUAAUAUUGAUGGAGGGUUUUGAGACGAUGAUGAACCAAAGCAGUGUUUUUGUCACGCCCUCUGCGCCUGCUGUCCGUCUCCGCAGCUCCUCUUUGACUCCGCCCCAGACUCGCUCCACUAAAGUUGUCGCAAGCUAGUCAUCGUUGGGGCUUGUGGGCGGAAGGGGCAACGGGCAUCGCAAACAUAAGUCCUUCACGAUAGCGAUAUUUGUGAGCUUCGCUGUCACUGGCCAUUCCGUACACAUGCCGGUUUUGUUUCAAAAUUGCAAUAGGGAGUCCUGACUUUCAGGUGCGUCUUAAGCAUGUGGGCAAGGCCUGACUUCUUAUCCGGCCGUCUCUUGGGGCGAUGAGCAGAAGUGCAUGUAAGCCGCCGUUUUUGCCAGGUUCGUAUCCAGGAAUCCAGGCCAUGAUCUCGGAGGGCCGGAGUAGUUGCUUUGCUCCUUUUGAAUUUUUAGUCCAACAGCUGACGCAGGAGCGGCAAGGCAGGUUGGCACCGAACCCCUUUCGGCACACCCUCAAACGUUCCCUGGGAUCCUGCCAGGGGAGGAGGAGGAGAGCGAUGUCAUCCGGGACGCCUAGCGCAGGCAGCUGAGCGAGACACGCAGGCCCUGAGCCUGGCCCGGACUCGUGGGUCGGCAGAUUCUUGGCGCGCGUUUGAAAUCUUUCCGCGGCAGGUGGGCAACGUCUUCCGCCACGCGGGCGGGCAGGCCUCCUGUUACGCAGCGUUUGGCUACAACGCAGCAUUUAAGUAUUGUCUGUGGUGCCUACUUGCUGAGAGUAGACAACCUACCUCUCAUUGCUCGGGGUGAGCAACAUGAGGGGGUGGAGGUUGAGGGGCCAACACCAUCGACGAAGGCAUCGAUGGACUUGGUUUUGCUUCUUCGUGUGUCCCACGACCAGGUGGUUACAUGUUGGCCUGCUUGCGCGCCCAAAGACGGAGUCUGCAGGGAGGAAGAGGGUGAACAAACGACCUGUUCCGAUGGCGGCUCGUCCGUUGUAAUUCGAAUAUGUUCCCCACACAGGCGGUCGGAGGAGGGGUUGGAGACGAUGAGGAGCCAAGGCAGUGUUUUUCACGCGCCUCUGCACCUGCUGUCCGUCUCCGCAGCUCCUUGCUAUUGUGUGCUUUGUCGGUUUGAUUCGGACGGGUGUCUUACGGCUAACAUUGACGCUUGACUGAGUGUCAUAUCAUCGAAUAUGUGACCAUUUUUUGGUUUUGUACGGUCCCAGCCAUCUGAUGGUGAGUUUGAUUGCGACUGCCGUCAUAAGAUGGUCAGUUCCACCGCAAAUUUUCCCAGAUGCGAAGUCGGCGGACUUCACCCUAUGUUGCUUGCUUCGCGUAUCGGCGUUGCAGGCGUGCGUACUCGUACGGCAUGCGAGACCCUGGGGGAGGA